CGGGAGAGGGCAGAAGACCCGGAAGUAAACAUUGUUCGUCUGGCUUAGUUUCUGUCCGGUGUUUGGGAGGUCAGCGGCGGUGAAGUUGAGUAGGAAGAUAUCUAACCAUGGCAGCUGCUGCUGUAGAUGCAGUUAAUGCUGCUCCCCUGUCGGGGUCCAAAGAAAUGAGUUUAGAGGAACCAAAGAAGAUGACUAGAGAGGACUGGAGAAAGAAGAAGGAACUAGAAGAACAGCGAAAACUGGGCAAUGCUCCUGCUGAAGUUGAUGAAGAAGGAAAAGACAUAAACCCUCAUAUUCCCCAGUAUAUUUCUUCAGUGCCGUGGUAUAUUGAUCCAUCAAAAAGACCUACUUUAAAGCACCAAAGACCACAACCAGAGAAACAAAAGCAGUAUAGCUCCUCUGGAGAAUGGUACAAGAGAGGUGUAAAAGAGAAUUCCAUAACUACUAAAUACCGCAAAGGAGCAUGUGAAAAUUGCGGUGCCAUGACACACAAAAAGAAAGACUGCUUUGAGAGACCUAGACGAGUGGGAGCAAAAUUUACAGGUACUAAUAUAGCUCCAGAUGAACAUGUCCAGCCUCAACUGAUGUUUGACUAUGAUGGGAAGAGGGAUCGGUGGAAUGGCUACAAUCCAGAAGAACACAUGAAAAUUGUAGAAGAGUAUGCCAAAGUGGAUCUGGCAAAGCGAACACUGAAGGCCCAGAAACUCCAAGAAGAAUUAGCCUCAGGAAAAUUAGUGGAACAAGCUAAUUCUCCAAAACACCAGUGGGGAGAAGAGGAACCAAAUUCUCAAGCGGAAAAAGAUCAUAAUAGUGAAGAUGAGGAUGAAGAUAAAUAUGCAGAUGAUAUUGACAUGCCUGGCCAGAACUUUGACUCUAAGAGACGAAUUACUGUCCGGAAUCUCAGAAUUCGAGAAGACAUUGCAAAAUAUUUGCGGAACUUAGAUCCAAAUUCUGCUUAUUAUGAUCCCAAAACAAGAGCGAUGAGAGAGAAUCCCUAUGCCAAUGCAGGAAAGAAUCCAGAUGAAGUGAGCUAUGCAGGAGAUAACUUUGUUCGGUACACUGGUGAUACCAUCUCAAUGGCUCAGACACAGUUGUUUGCUUGGGAAGCCUAUGACAAGGGAUCUGAAGUGCAUCUGCAGGCGGAUCCCACAAAAUUAGAGCUGUUGUAUAAGUCCUUCAAAGUCAAAAAAGAAGACUUCAAAGAACAGCAGAAGGAGAGCAUCCUAGAAAAGUAUGGUGGUCAAGAACACCUGGAUGCCCCUCCUGCUGAAUUGCUUUUAGCUCAGACAGAAGACUAUGUGGAGUACUCACGACAUGGGACAGUCAUCAAAGGGCAGGAGCGGGCUGUCGCGUGCUCCAAGUACGAGGAGGACGUAAAGAUCCACAACCAUACGCAUAUCUGGGGAUCUUACUGGAAAGAAGGCCGAUGGGGAUACAAAUGCUGUCACUCUUUUUUCAAAUAUUCCUAUUGCACUGGAGAAGCUGGGAAGGAGAUUUCUAAUACAGAGGAAUGUCUUAUAAAUGAAGUAACUGGAGAAGAAUCUGUGAAAAAACCUCAAACCCUAAUGGAGAUACAUCAAGAAAAGUUAAAAGAAGAGAAAAAGAAGAAAAAGAAGAAGAAGAAGAAGCAUCGUAAGAGCAGUUCAGAUAGUGACGAUGAAGAAAAGAAACAAGAAAAAUUGAAAAAGGCCCUGAACGCAGAAGAGGCCCGCCUUCUUCAUGUCAAGGAGAUUAUGCAGAUUGAUGAGAGGAAGCGGCCUUAUAACAGCAUAUAUGAAACACGGGAACCUACUGAAGAGGAGAUGGAGGCCUAUAGAAUGAAACGUCAAAGGCCUGAUGAUCCCAUGGCCUCCUUCCUUGGACAGUAGUGGCUAUUCUAGAUGGUCACCCAGGCAGACACAGCCAACAGACUCUUCAGCUUCUUUCUUUUGAAGACUGUCAUCAGAAAAAUCCUUAUCUAUACUUCAUGCUACCUGACUUUAAUAAAGCUUCCAGAAGUCUCA